CCCCAAAGUUUUCUGGAUGAGUUUAGAUCCUGCUUCGUGGUACAGGUCCAGCUUGGCCUGGAAACCACAACACAAACCCUUUUCUCCCUCCAGGAGGAGCUGCAGAAGUUCGCCAGACGUCGGGAAGAGGUUUUUCUGCCCAGCUCUUUUAGAGUGUGCAACCUGCGGGGGGCGCUGGAUCUCCUGCAGGAGGUGGAGCAGAGGGCGGAGCCUCCUGCUCCUGCUGCCUCUGGGGCCUCCAGACGCUGGCUCCCCAGGAUGACUCCUGCCACCAACAGCCACGCCUUCCCUCUGAUGCCUGCCGACGCCGCCUGGCUGUUCGCCACCCGACCCAUCUUCCUUUACCCAGAACUACUUCCUGUCUGCAGCCUGGACCCCGCGCUACACACCCGACACCAUCGGAGAGUUUACACUGCAGGAGAGGACGGGUUGAUUGUUCUGGGUUUGAAGCACUUUCAGGGGACGGUCCAGUCGGAUCAGCUGAUCAGCACCUACCUGCUCUGUAAGACUCGAUGGAACUUCAGGAAACACAUCAGAGAAAUGAGCGCCACGAGAGCGCCACACAACAACGUCAUCAAGAUGUUCGUGACGCAGGGAAUCGUCCCCCCGCUGCCGCUCGCCUGCAGCAGGGUUCAGCCAGGAGACCAGCGCCCCCCAGUGGACAGAGACACCUCCACAAUGCCAAACUGGCUCAAGAACAGUCAGCUGAUCAUCCAGAAGACCCAGCAGGGCACCACCUGUUACCCACCCUCCCUCCCCCCAGGAUGCAACCUUAGGCUUCACCCCUACUUUGUCAACAAGUCCCCCCCUCGUCCCCCACACAGACGCUUCUUCACCUUGGCCCACAAUGCAUCUCUGCUGCCACUCGCCAAAGCCCUGGCAGACACACAGGUGGGCAGACAGGUCGACACGCAGCCAAUCAGCUUCCUGUCCCUCCCCCCCUCAGGUACUCCUGCUGUUUCAGGAGCCCUGGCUCAGCCUGCCGCCUGCGGGGCUGUCCCAUUGGCUGCUGUCCCCACCCACCCCGUCAUCCAGUCCUUCUUUCCUAUUGGUCAGAGGACGCAGCAGAGCGUUUCUAGGCAACAAGACAGCGUCCCCUCCUCCUCCCCCUCCCCCCUCAGCAAACCUGACACAACGCAUCCCGUGACGUCUUGCUCAGUUGCCCCCAUAAAGCAGGGGUGCUUCCUCCUCCAGAUGAUGUGGCCGCCGCCCACAGCCCCGCCUACGCUCUCCUCCCAGCAUGCUCUGGGGCAACAGCUCCAUAGACCAAUCAAAGAAGAGCAGGAGUUGGAGCAGACGUCUGCAGAGCCAUGCCUUCCACCAGAGGAGGAGAGACAGGUGGAGGAGGAACGAUCAGCUUCAACAUCAACACUGAGCCCGCUGUCGUCCUGUGCAGGAGAGGAGCAGCAGGAGGAGCCGAAGGAGGAGCAGGAGGAGAACUGGACUGCUCCGGGUGUGGUCAGUUUGAAUGGAGGAGAUAACUCUGGUGGAGAGGAGGAGGAGGGGGUUGAGGGAGGGGGAACAGGAGGCGGAGGAGGUGGGGAGGAAGCAGAGGGGGGGGAGAAGGGGCAGGAGGAGCAGGGAGGAGAGGGGGAAGAUGAGGACGAGGGACAGAGGGAGGAGAAUGGGGGAGGAGAGAGGGAGGAUGAUGGGGAGAAGGAUAAGGAUGAAGAUCAGGACCGGCACGGUGAAGAGGAGGAGGAGGAGGACUUUGAUGACCUCACACAGGAUGAAGACGAGGAGGAAGUGAUGUCAUCAGCGUCGGAGGAGUCGGUGCUCUCUGUUCCAGAGUUACAGGAAACCAUGAAGCAGCUGACGUGGUUGGCGGCGGAGCACCGGCUCUGUGCAGACGGAGACUCGGAGGAGGAUCACUCUCCGACCUCCCCCGGCUCUCAGGAGGAAGAGGAGGAGGAGGAGGAGGAGGAAGAGGAGGGCCGUAAAGACGAGCGGUCAGGAGAGGGCAGGAGCAGUAAUGUGGGACGAGACGAAGAGACGCCGUCAGGAGAGGGAACGCCCAGAGGAGGAGGGAGGUGUCCUGGACGAGGACGAGGUCAGGGCCGACCUCUCCGCGGCCUGAGGAGGAGUCGCCAGGAGCGCCACAGUAAAGACGCCGCCAAACUGUUGCUGCUGUUCGACGAGAACAUCCUGGAGAACGACCCGCACAGAGAGAGCAAAGACGUGGCCUUCGCGCAGAGUUACCUGAACAGGGUGCGCGAGGCGCUGCAGGACGUACCUGAGCAGGUGGAGGAGUUCGUGUCUCUGCUGAACGAGUUUGAGCAGGUGGGAGAAGGACAGGAAGUGAUGAUGUUGUUCAGGAAGCUGCGCUGCAUCCUGGGAGACCGGACAGACCUCCUGAGAGACUUUGCCGCGUUCCUGCAUCCUGAGCAGGCGCUGCUGUGUGGACUGUUCGAGGAGCAGCAGGCGUUUGAACGCAGCCGGCGCUUCCUGCGACAAUUGGAGAUCAGCUUUGGAGAUAAUCCGUCACAUUAUCAGAAGAUCAUCAAAGCUCUGCAGACAGGUCCAGAUCUGAGUCCAACCAGCAUUGACGAGCUGAAAGCUCAGAUGGCCACGCUGCUAAAAGGCCACACCCAUCUACAAGCUGAAUUCUGGGUAUUUUUUGACGAGCUCCGCCCACCUCCAGCCCGCCCGGGACAGUUUGAAGAAGCUCAUUGGCCAGAGGAGGGAGGGGGCGGGACAGACAGUGGAGAGGUAGGCCAGGCAUCAGGAGGCGGAGCCAGCAGCGGCUUUGAAGAGGUGACUCUCCCAGAGCUCGAAGAGGAAGAAGAGGGGCAUAAGAUCCAACCAAUGACGAGUCGGCGCCGGAGGAGGAAGAUGGAUGGCCACAGAACCUACAAGGACUGUGAUUGGUCGGAUAAAGAUUGGCCUUGCCUCUGCAGAGACGCGAAGAUCCGCAGGCACAGACGGAAAGGGUGCUCCCGCUGCCAUGGCAACAAG